ACGUUGACUGACCAAAAAGCGGCGGUAGAUUCCGCCACAACAAGAGUCUAGAGUCUGGGCCUAAAGCACUCCCAGCAGGUCUUCCCAAAUCCCCGCAAUUUCAUUCUCUACCCCAUCUUUUGCCACCACUGAAGCUCAAGACCCGAGCGUACGCGAUGAACACUCCAACGCGCCCAUAGUAAACCCAUCUAAUCCUUCAAAAAUGGAGACGACAAUGACUGUGUCGCAGCGCCCACCCGCAGGCGUUCAAAAGCGCCGCAAGCCUUCUGGAGAACAAUCUCACGUCUGUCCAUUUUGCAAUCGCGCCUUCAAGCGAUCGGAACACAAGGAGCGACACGUCAGAACGCACACCAAGGAGAAGCCAUUCGUAUGCCACUGCGGUUCGGCUUUUACCAGACGGGACCUGCUCACUCGGCAUCAACGAAUUGCCACUCACGAGAAGCUUCAGGAUGCACAUGACACCAAAUCGGAACAGAGCGGAGUGCCGCCACCGCCUGCCUCAAUUGCAGGCACGGAUCUGACCUCUCCUAUCUCACCAACCGAGAUCAGCAUCAAUGCUUGGGAUCAGCAUGGUCAUCUAAAUUCCGGAUACAUAGAAGGGAAUGCUCCUGAUGAGCAUCACAUGUUGAGUCAUCAGUACCAGCAACCCAUUCUACACCAAGAUUACUAUCACGGCCAAGGUCAGUCUCUUAUUCAAUGCGCACUCACUCAUCCUUAGAUCCUCCUUCACUGCUCCCUCGUUCUUGCAUGUGCGAUUCUCGCUCUUCCGUCAAACGAUCAUGAUCUUGUCUUUCCAUAAUCACUAAUGCAGAUGCGUUAGGUCAAGCACUUCCCAUGGACUAUCCUGACUUCGACGGAUUUGCGCAAUAUGACCCUAGUGGCUUACCUGUAGGAUGGGAUGCAAAUGCAUACUUCCAACCGCCUGACACUGGCGAAAACUAUGUAGACCCGCAACUGCAGGAAACCAUUAGCAUAUC